UGUUCACUUCUCAAAGUCAUAUUGGUUCAUCCAAUCAGCCACAGUGGCGCGAAAACAUUUGUCGUAUUGUCGACACUUUGUAGUCUGCUAGUCCAUCAUUGUCGUCGUAUUUCUUGAAGAUUUACACCAUAAUGGACCAAAUGGAAGAAAAUGAAAUUGAAUUGGAGACUGUUGUGAUAGAUGACACUGCUGAUGAAAGCCUACCUUUGUCAACCGAGAAAAUCAACACUAUCAACGUUGAAGAAACCAACAAAGUUGAAAAAAUUGUGAGGUUCCCUAUUACACGUAUCAAACAUCUUGUGAAAAUGGAUCCAGAUGUAAAUCUCUGUAGUCAAGAGGCCUUAUUUCUAAUUACAAAAACUACGGAAUUCUUUGUUGAAUGCUUAUCAAAAGAAGCUUAUUCUUACACCUCACAGUCCAAAAAGAAAACCGUCCAAAAACGAGACGUGGAACGAGCAAUUGAUGCAGUGGAUGCCCUAGCAUUUCUGGAGGGUAUUUUGGAUUCAUAGAAUACAUGUAAUGGUAUUCCCUAAAUUCCAUUACACACAUUACUCAUAAUUUUUUGAAAAUCAAAUUGUAAUCAAUGAAGAUACAAUAUUUUCAUUUGUAA